GGGUUAUCAACAACAACAAAAGUGAGCAGCUGACAAGUUGAUAAGAGGAGAUCUUAAAAGUGUCAGAAGGAGAAGAUGGUUUCAUAAAACCUGCUGCCCUCACCGCAGUAACGCUGACUGCAGCGCCUCUGAGAUCUGACACGGAUCCGUUGGUUCUCUGAAAGUUUUUGACGAUGAGCAUCAACGGCCGUAACAACAACACAGACUUUUACAAUGAAUGCACCGCCAGGGACACAGAAGGAGGCGAGACGACACCUUUAAUAGGAAAUGGAUCGGUGCAAACCAGAGCCACAGGAGCCUCCUUCACCUCCUCCGUGUUUAACCUGAUGAAUGCCAUCAUGGGCAGUGGUAUACUGGGCCUAGCGUAUGCCAUGUCCAACACAGGAAUAGUUGGUUUUUGUAUCCUGCUGAUACUGGUGUCCAGCCUGGCAGCGUACUCUAUACAUUUUCUUCUGAGGCUUUGUGACCAAACAGGUAUCAACUCAUAUGAGGAUCUUGGAGGGAAAGCCAUGAAAAAAACAGGAAAAAUUAUGGUUGGAAUUGCUAUUGUCAUCCAAAAUAUUGGUGCAAUGUCAUCAUAUUUGUUCAUCUUGAAGUCAGAGCUUCCUGCAGCCAUCCACAGCUUCCUCAGGCCAGAAGACACAGGAAAUGCUUGGUAUGAAGAUGGUAGGUUGCUUCUGAUCCUGGUUGCAGUUUGUGUGAUUCUUCCUCUGUCAAUGUUACCCAAAAUUGGGUUCCUGGGGUACACCAGCAGUCUUGCCUUCCUGUUUAUGCUGUACUUUGCAGUUGUGAUUGUGGUUAAGAAAUGGUCCAUUCCCUGCCCGCUGCCUUAUAAUGUCACUACCCUUUCAGACACCUUCAAGGUAUCAAAUUUCUCUGACUCAGAGUGUACACCCAAACUCUUCAUCAUCUCUGUUAAGAGUGCUUACGCCAUCCCCACUAUGGCUUUCUCCUUUUUGUGCCACACGACUGUCCUGCCAAUCUACUGCGAACUGGAACGACCUACCAAGGCCAGGAUGCAGAACAUUUCAAACAUCAGUAUUGGCCUCAGCUUCCUGCUUUACUUCAUUUCUGCUUUAUUUGGCUACCUCACCUUCUACAGUCAUGUGGACUCAGAGCUGUUGCUUGGGUAUGAUGCAUACUUGCCACAGGACAUCAUGGUGAUGACAGUUCGGCUGGCCAUCCUAAUCUCAGUGCUGCUGACUGUCCCGCUAAUACACUUUCCAGCCCGUAAGUCUGUAAUUUUGCUGCUGUAUGGAGGUCGUGACUUCUCUUGGCUGAUCCAUAUCGUCUCUACUUUAACCAUCCUGAGUGUGGUGCUGAUGCUGGCCAUCUUUGUGCCUGAUCUAAGUAAUGUGUUUGGAGUAGUAGGAUCGACAACGUCCAGCUGCUUGCUGUUUGUCUUUCCGGGUGUCUUCUACCUCAAAAUCAGCAACCAGCCCCUCAGAUCUCUUGACUCUGUUGGGGCAAUACUGCUUGUGGUUUUUGGGUUGAUCAUGGGUGUUAUCAGUCUGUCUGUCAUCGUCGUCACAUGGGUGGAGAGCCCAUAAUGCGUCCCAAGUCAAGACCGGAGACCCAGUACAAAAAAGGGAAACACACACCAAAAAAAAAACGUUUCAUAGAAAGGGAACAGAAAAACAAUAAGUAGCAUAAACUCAGGAAGAUCAUUUAUGGAAAAUUUGUGCUAAACACUUGUUUACAAACUAAGACCAAACUCAGCCCGUUUUUCUUACUUCUACAUGUCGAUUCUUGAGGUUUUAUUUUUUUUUUUAUUUUCUUUGACUGUAUGAAAUUCAGGGCAGUUGCAUGGUGUAAAAGAAAUAAUAAGGUUUUGGUUUUAUGUUCUGAUCUUUUUUUUUAAUCUUACUAUCAUAGCUGCUGUAUUGCUGUUUAUGGAGAAUUGUGCACUUUAUGUAAGCCACCAGCCACAGGCAUAUGAAAGUGUUGUCUCAGGCAAGAUGGUUGCCACUUCUUUAUUACAUUAUUUCAUGUAAAGAUGAACCUUGAUUCAUUUUUUAAUUGUUUUUUUUAAACUUUAUUGUAAACAUACUUUUAACCUUAAAUCCAUGUAGCUACUCAUUUAUGGUCUUAAAUUCAGGUGUUCUGCUCUUUUAUCUGUGUCAUUGAAUGUGAUUA